GCAGAGGGGAGCAGGCGUUCAGAGCUUGGCUGGACGGGCAGGCAGAAGUAGAGGGGAAACGAGCAGCUGUGCAGAUCUGAACAGGACUGAAUGAGCACAGGCUUUUUGAUCAAAUGCACUGAAUGUGAGACUGAGUGACAGCCACAGAGGUGCACAGUUGGAGACAGAGAACAUAACACCCGGGAUCUUCUCAGACUUUCAGCAGUCCAGUCUUAAACACACUAAAGGAACCAGGAAAGAAGCAGUUUACACAUUUUUUCUUUGGAGGGACUUGCAGAUGCACUGGAAGACUAUUUAUUGGUGCAUCAAAGCCAAUCGAAUGGACUAAGAAGCAUUUUAAAGAAGACCAAAUCUCCACCUUCACUACAGCAAUGCUUUUUAGGAGCUGCACCAGGACCACUUGCUGUCUGAUAUGUUCCUGGACACUCUAAGUGAUAGGACAUUUUGGGUUUUUGUCAUUGCACUGUUCUCAGCGUUGAUUGUCUCGCUGUAUAAAUUGUUUUGUUAUUAAUUCAACCAUUAUGUAUUUUCAAAGGUACUCUUUGACACUGUCAUGGACUUCUUUGUUUCUUAUUCUUUGCAUCUUGGAUGUACAGACCACCGCAUGGCCAACUGGUCAACAGUCCCAGGUCCAGACCAGGUCAAGGCAAAUGUCAUCAUUAACCUCUGCGCCGCCUGCAGGAAACCUCUCAGAAAGUGCAGAACGCAAAGUGGAGAGGCUUGGACAGACUUUCAAGAAAAACCUGCGUGAGCUUCGUGAGAAAAGCCUGUGUCUGGACCUGGUGUUUUUGGUGGACGAGUCGUCGAGUGUUGGAGCCACGAACUUCCUCAGUGAGCUGAGAUUUGUGCGUAAGAUGUUAUCAGACUUCCCUGUGUCUCCAUUGAACACACGAGUGGCACUGGUCACCUUCUCGUCCAAAACUCAUGUUGUGGCUCGGGUCGACCAUAUCUCAGCACCCAAGUCCAACCAGCACAAGUGCUCCCUGUUCAACCAGGAGAUCCCAGCCAUCAACUACAGAGGAGGAGGCACUUUCACUAAGGGAGCCUUCCAGCGAGCAGCGCAAAUCCUACGUCACUCCAGAGCAAACGCCAGUAAGGCCAUAUUCUUGAUCACUGACGGCUACUCUAAUGGUGGGGACCCUCGGCCAGUGGCAGCAGCCCUGCGAGAGCGGGGCGUUGAGAUAUUCACUUUGGGCAUUUGGCAAGGAAACAUCAGAGAGCUCCAUGACAUGGCAUCAAAUCCCAAAGACCAGCACUGCUACUUCGUCCACAACUUUGAGGAGUUUGAGGCCCUGGCUCGUCAUGCAUUGCAUGAAGACCUGGUGGACCUCUCCAUGGGCAGUUACAUCCAGGAGGACCAGUCACGGUGCUCAUCUCUGUGUGAAGCAGGGACAGACUGCUGUGAUUUGAUGGCCAGCUGCAAGUGUGGCACCCACACAGGACAAUACGCCUGCGUCUGUGAGAGGGGCUACUAUGGCAAGGGCUUACAACACGAGUGCACAGCAUGUCCUCCUGGCACAUAUAAACCAGAAGGAACCCCAGGUGGGCCAAGCUCUUGUCUCCAGUGCCCUGAUCCACAACAUACGUCACAGCCGGGGAGCACCUCUCUCACUGACUGUGUCUGCAGGCCAGGAUUCCAUCCACUUGGCAUGACCUGUCAACCGGUAUACUGUCCUCCUCUGUAUCCACCUGAACAUGGUUUCUUCAUCCAGAAUGUGUGCAACAAUAACUACGAUGCAGCCUGUGGUGUACGCUGUCAACAGGGUUAUGACCUCCAGGGAACCAGCAUCAGGCUGUGCCAGGCUGAUGGCACCUGGUCCGGGACACCUGCUUCCUGCCAUGUGCGUUCCUGUCCGUCCCUGUCUCAACCACAGCAUGGCUUCCUGAAAUGCUCUGAAGGUGGUGCCUCCUAUAGAGCAGAGUGUCAGGUGGGCUGUGAUCGCGGCUACAGACUGGAAGGGGAGUCAAGGCUCACAUGCCAGGCCAACUCUCAGUGGAGUGGGACUCUGCCUCGGUGUGUGGAGGUGCGCUGUCCUCCUAUUGUGAACCUGAAGAACAUCUUGCUGUCGCCCCCUGCUUGUGGUAAAAGGGCAGUGUCGCCGGGUGCCGUCUGUCUACUCACCUGUCGUCAAGGAUUCAGUCUCAAAGGAAACAGGAGGGCAGUGUGUUUGAGCUCUGGCAACUGGAGCGCCAAUGUCCACAAAGCUCACUGCAUAGACUCCGAGCCUCCUUGGGUCCAGUGCCCGGAUGACAUUGUUGCAGAGACAGAUGAGCGCCGCAACACUGCUGUUGUCAGCUGGAACAUACCUACUGCACUAGACAACUCCAAGGAGGAGGUGUCUGUGCAAGUGAAGCCUGUAUACACUCCUCCACAACUGCUUCCAAUUGGAAAAGAAGUCAUCACUUACAUUGCUACUGAUCGCUCUGGAAAUCAAGCAAACUGUUCCUUUACUGUUACUAUCAUUGAUACAGAGCCUCCGGUGAUUGACAGAUGCCGGUCUCCGCCUCCAGUUCUGGCCACAGACACAGAGACAGCAGUGGUCUGGGAAGUGCCACAGUUUUCUGACAACUCAGCUUGUCGCUUAACAGUGAACAGUACCCACACUCCUGGUUCCUUGUUUCCUGUUGGAGAUACUUUGGUCCAGUAUACGGCCUUUGAUGCCGCCGGUAACAGCCGCAUCUGUAACCUAACUGUAACUGUACAAGGCACCACAUGUGACCAGCCGUACAUGCCAGUGAAUGGAGAGUUUGUAUGUUCUGAAGAGGAGACAGGGGUCAGCUGUACUCUUCACUGUAAAGAGGGCUACAGCCUCACUCAGGCUGCAGUGCACAGUUACUUCUGUGCCUACAAUGGAGUAUGGGAGCCUCCCUCCUCCUCAGACCGCCCUGACUGUUCAGUGAACCGUGUGGCAAACAAUGGAUUUAAGCCAUUUGAGAUGUUGUUCAAAGCCACUCGCUGUGAUGAUCUGGACCUGGUCAAGUCAUUUGCUGGAGAGUUCAAUACUAAACUGGAAAGCUUGCUUCCAAACCUCUGCAGCAGUGAUGAUGUCACCUGCAAGCUGGAAGUGAUGUCACAGGGAAAUUGUCUGGAGUACAAUUAUGACUAUGAGAAUGGCUUUUCGAUUGCUCCAGGAGGCUGGGGUCCACAGGGAAAUCAGGAUUACUCGUACUUUGAGUCAGGCUUUGCUACAGGUACCAGACAGCUGCCCAGUCGGAGCCAAGGCAGUAGUGUAUCGACCCACCAUCGAACCAAGAGACACAGGAGGAUCAGAGGGCCCACGAGAGACCAAAAGAUACAGAUCUUCUUUAAUAUCACAGCAAGCAUUCCUCUGCCUCUGUCAAGGAAUGAUUCCACAGAGGUAGCCAAUCAGAAAAGGCUGUUGCGCACUCUGGAACAGUUAACCAACAGACUAAGGCGAACCCUGGCUAAGCAGCCACUGUCCAGUUUUCAUCUGUCGUCCCAGAUGAUUGUGGCUGACCCGAAAUCCAUCGAGAGCAGGAAGGCCUCCCUGUUUUGUCGGCCAGGUUCAGUUCUCAGAGGCAGAAUGUGUGUCCAGUGUCCAGUAGGUACCUACUUCUCUCUUGAAUAUAAUGAAUGUGAAAGCUGCUGGCUGGGAUCCUACCAAGAUGAGGAGGGCCAGCUGGAGUGUAAGUCCUGCCCUGAAGGAUCAUCUACAGCAUACCUCCAUUCUCGCAGCAAGGCCGAAUGCAAAGGGCAGUGUAAACCUGGUAGUCACUCUUUAAAUGGACUGGAGAUUUGUGAAUCAUGCCCACUGGGACACUUCCAGCCUGGGUUUGGGGCAAGGGAGUGCCUCGUCUGUCCUGAUAGGACCUCAACUGUGACCAGGGGAGCAGUGGACCAGACUGAGUGUGGAGUUCCUUGUUCACCUGGUCAUUUCUCACGGACUGGGUUGGUUCCUUGUUAUCCUUGCCCCAGAGAUUACUAUCAACCCGAUCAUGGGCGUUCAUAUUGCCUCUCCUGCCCCUUUUAUGGGACGACCACUAACACUGGAACAACAACAAUCCAGCUUUGCUCUAGCUUUAGCUCAAGUUUUCUUCCAAAGGAGGAGAGUGUGACGGCUGCUCCGGUAGUGGAGGUAGUUGAGGACUACCAAGCCAGCAGUCAGGUUUUCCAUGAAUGCUUCUUGAAUCCCUGCCAAAAUAGGGGCACAUGUGAAGAAAUUGGAGCUGGAUAUGUCUGCACCUGUAUGCCAGGAUUCACAGGCGCUAAAUGUGAGGUAGACAUAGAUGAAUGUGACUCUGCUCCUUGUCAAAAUGGAGGUCUGUGUAAAGACGGACUAGGAGACUUCCAAUGUCAGUGCCAGGCUGGAUUUCUUGGGUCUUUAUGUGAAGCUGAAGUGAAUGAGUGUUCAUCGUCUCCCUGUUUAAAUGAUGGUAUCUGUGUGGAUGAAGUCAAUAGAUUUACCUGCAGCUGUGUUGGUGGCUUCACAGGAUCUCGUUGUGAGCUGGAUAUUGAUGAAUGUCUUUCGAACCCUUGUCUGAAUGGAGGUGUUUGCGAAGACCUUACUGGAGGCUACACAUGCACAUGCGCUCUUGGCUUUUCAGGAGAUCACUGUGAGAUCAACAUUGAUGAAUGCAACAGCACCCCAUGUCUCAAUGGAGGCUCGUGUCUGGAUGCAGUUAACAACUUUAGAUGCCAGUGUAUUGAGGGGUACAUGGGAAGACUCUGUGAAGUGGAUGUGAAUGAGUGUGAUCCUAACCCCUGUUUAAAUGGAGCAAACUGCUUUGAUGGCCUUGGCUCCUACACCUGCCGCUGUCUCCCUGGGUUCAACGGAACCAGGUGUGAGACAGAAAUGUCAUCUGCUUUCAACCUUGACUUUGAGGUUUCUGGUAUCCAUGGAUACAUAAUGAUGGAUAGUGUCAUGCCAGCACUGACAGAGAUCACUUGUACUUUUUGGAUGAAAUCCUCAGACACGACCAACUAUGGUACACCCAUCUCUUAUGCUGUAGAAGGCAGUGACAAUGCUUUUCUGCUCAUAGACUAUAAUGGAUGGGUUCUGUAUGUAAAUGGGAAGGAGCGAAUCACGGACUGCCCUGCUGUGAACACUGGUCAGUGGUACCACAUCGGAGUGUCAUGGAGGAGCUGGGAUGGUGACUGGAGAAUCUACAUUAACGGAAAGCCAUCAGAUGGAGGCAAAGACCUAUCAGUAGGCACCACUAUCCCAGGUGGUGGGGCCCUGGUAUUAGGCCAGGACCAAGACCAAAGAGGCGAUGGUUUUAAUCCAGUGGAGUCCUUUGUUGGAUCCAUCAGUCAGCUCCACAUUUGGGACAGGGUUCUCACGCCACAGCAGAUUAAGGUCCUGUCCAGCAGCUGUCCAGCCUCCCAUGUUACUCAUAGAGGCAAUGUACUUGCCUGGCCAGAUUUCCUUAAUGGAGUUAUGGGGCGUGUUAAAGUCAACCAGAACAGCAUUUUCUGUGCCGAUUGUCCACAGUUGGAGAAUGCUGUGCCUCACCUUCAUGUUUCCACUGUGGAGGUGAGUCCUGGCGCUCAGGUGCAGCUGUCUUGUGAUCCUGGCUUCUACCUGGUGGGUGAGCCAGUGCUGCAGUGCCAAAACAAAGGCGAGUGGAGCCACCCUGUGGCCACUUGUGAAAGAGUUUCUUGUGGACCUCCCCGUCCACUGGAGAAUGGGUUAUUCCAAGGCACAGACUUCCAUGCUGGCAGCUCUGUCAUAUAUCAGUGUAACUCUGGGUUUUACCUUCUGGGAGAUGCAAAGAUGCACUGCACAAACAGUGGAAAGUGGGGAGGAAAUCCACCUGCGUGUCUUGAUGUGGAUGAGUGUGCUCUGGGGUCUGACUGUGAUGAGAACGCCAGAUGUCAAAAUACAGAGGGUUCCUACACCUGCAGUUGUAUGCAUCCAUACAGCGGGGAUGGGAAAAACUGUACCGAGCCCGUUAAAUGUGAAGACCUGGGUGCUCCAGAUAAUGGCCACAGAGAUGGUAGCAACUUUCUGAUGGGUAGCGAAAGCAUAUUUGGCUGUGAUAAUGGAUACGAGCUGAUAGGGCCUGCUCGCCUUAAGUGCCUAGAGACAGGAGACUGGGACAGCAUACGGCCUUAUUGCAGAGCUCUUUCCUGCCCAGCACCAACUGUUCCAGAAAACUCCAUUAUGACUGGAAGUAACUUCACCUAUGGAAGCAAGGUGACUUUCAGUUGUAAGGAGGGCUAUUUGCCUCAGAUCCCCUAUGAGUUCCAAUGUCUUGCCACCCAAAGAUGGAGUGGGUCUCCACCCAUUUGUCACCCAGUCAUGUGUGGUGGGCCGCCAGCUGUUGCAAAUGCAGACUACACCUUGACCAUGAACACUUAUAUGUCGACUGUAACCUACACUUGUUUGGAUGGAUACAGACCACAGGGCUCAAUGGAGAUGGUUUGUGAGGCCUCAGGAGAAUGGAGCAGACCGAUCCCUCGCUGUGUCAGCAUAGAGUGUGGUGAACCGCCAGCUUUAAGAGAUGCAGAGACUAUUGGAGAGAACUAUGAACUGGGAAAUAAGGUGUUCUAUCGCUGCAAAGAAGGAUACACCCUGAUUGGACUAGAAACAAGAGAGUGUCUUCCAGCGGGUCGGUGGAGUGACAGUUCUGCUCAGUGUGUGCCCCGCUCCUGUGGCUACCCGCCGGACAUUGAGCACGCAGAGCCAUAUGAGAGUCAUCAGUUGUUUGGAGAUACAGCCAACUACUAUUGCAUGGAUGGAUAUACUGCCAGCAAUAACUCCAAAAUGAUCUGUAAUGCGCAGGGUAUGUGGGCGCCUCCUGAUGGGAUGGAGGCCCCACGAUGCAUUGCAAACUUUUGCCUUCGACCUCCUGAUCUACCACAUGCAAUUUUUGAUUCAACUAACAAACCCAAGUAUGCCAGCAACACAGAAGUAAGCUACAAAUGUAAGGAGGGUUUCAUGCUGAAUAACAGUGCCACUCUAAGAUGCCUGAUUGGAGGGGAGUGGGAUCCCUCACCUUAUGAUGUCAGCUGUGUGCCAGUCAGGUGCUCCAAGCCUGAAAGCAUUGAUAGAGGUUAUGUGAUUGGGACAAAUUACAGUUUUGGAGCUGUGGUAGCUUAUAGCUGUGAGAAGGGAUUUAUGAUUCGAGGAGAGAAGAGGAGAACCUGUAAAGCAGAUGGAGAGUGGGGAGGGGUUUUGCCUACUUGUGUGCCUGUGUCCUGCUCUACACCACCGUUAUUAAAGAAUGGGUACAUACAGACCAGAGGAAGAUUUACCUUCAACAGCAAAGUGACAUAUGCCUGCAAUGCGGGCUAUAAACUGGUGGGUCGCCCUGAUCGGGUCUGCCAGGCUAACCAUCAGUGGUCUAACAAUGACCCUCCCUCAUGUGUCCUCUUGACUUGCGACCGUCCUCCCGAAAUUCUCCAUGGUCAUUUCCGAGGAUCUGAGUUUCAGGUUGGACGCAAAGUGGUAUAUGUCUGUGAUGAGGGCUAUGAGUUGAUCGGGGAUUCCAUCUGGACCUGUCUAAAGUAUGGCAGAUGGGAUAAAACAAAGAAACCACUCUGCUCACCAGUGCAAUGUCCAGAGCCCCCGCUCGAAGAAAACCACCUGGUUUUGACGGGACUCGACACAGAGACAGGAACAGUGGAGCUGUCCUGUGAAGAGGGCUACAGCCUGGAGGGAGCCCGCAUUCUCCGCUGCACCCCAUCUCAGGAAUGGAACGACUCAUUCCCAAUGUGUAAAAAGGUCUUUUGUAGUGCUCCUCCUGCAGUAUCAUUUGGUGGUCCUUCUUCAGCCUUGGGUCCCUUUCCUUUUGGCUCAGAGGUGAACUACUUGUGCAUGGAUGGUUUCACAUUGAAGAAGGAAACGUCUGUGUCCUGUCAGGCUAGUGGGCAGUGGAGCAGACCCUUCCCUGAGUGUGUUCCUGUAGAAUGUCCUCAGCCCGCAGAGAUCCCCAGUGGCAUUGUGGAUGUCCAGGGUUUGAUGUACCUAAGUAAAGCUCUGUACAGCUGUAAGACUGGAUAUCAUUUAGUGGGAAACUCCACGGUGCUUUGCGGGGAUAAAGGACUUUGGAUUGGAGGAGUCCCUUCCUGCCGGCCUGUUGAAUGUUCAGGUCCUAAACAAAUUGCAAAUGGAAGAUUAGUAUUCUCAAAACUACAAUUUGGUCACAGUGCCUCCUACACCUGUCGCCGUGGUUACCGCCUGCAAGGCCCAGACACUCUGACAUGCUUGGCUUCUGGAGAGUGGGAUGCAGCGCCACCUGUCUGUGAGCAAAUAUCUUGCACUCCUCCCCAACCCAUUGAAAAUGGGUUUGUGGAAGGGCAAGAACACAGUUUUGGUGUGACUAUUUUCUACAGCUGUUUCCCUGGGUUUCAGUUGGUUGGGCAGGACCACCUGACAUGUGAAGAGACAGGAUGGUCCAGUUCGGUGCCUGUUUGUGUGCCGUCCGACUGUGGUCUCCCUCCUCACAUUGACUUUGGGGAAUAUGUACGAGUGUCCGAACUGGGAGCAGGCAAAGACGUGUUAUCCUCCCCCAUGGACUUAAGCUUCCUCCAUGGGACUCUGAUAGAGUACCGCUGCCUUGAGGGUUAUGACCUCACGAGCCACACUAGACUGGUGUGUGAGGAAAGUGGGGGCUGGAACGGCACUGCUCCACUGUGUGUCCCAGCAGAGUGUGCGAGUCCCUCCAGUCUAGAGCACGGCUGGGUCAAUGUGACUGACACUUCUGUGGGCAGCAUGGCCACAUAUGUAUGUGAGGAGGGCUAUGAGCUGGAGGGAGACUCCAUAAGGCACUGUGUUUCUGGAGCUAUUUGGAGCAGUGAUGCACCAGUGUGUCAGCCUGUGUCCUGUGGAAACCCAGGACAUCUUCAAAAUGGCACAGUGCAUGGAGAUGGAUUUGAGUUUCCUCAGGCUCUGUAUUUCCAGUGUAAUCCCGGUUUUCUACUUAAAGGUUCUGCCACAAUGAUCUGUCAGGCUAAUCGAAAGUGGAACAAGCCGAAACCCCAAUGUGAACCAGUCUCUUGUGGUCCUCCCAAAAUUCCUAAGGAUGUUUUUUGUGUAGGAGAUGACUUCACAUACAGUCAUGAAAUAGAGUUGAGCUGUUCAUCAGGUUUCAUGUUACAAGGGGAACCUACUAGUGUUUGCCAGGCUGAUGGCACCUGGAGUCAUGGGGUUGUCAGAUGUGUACCUGCUCAAUGUAAGCCCCCUCCAGCUGUAGCCCACGGAAGUGUCCUGGGCUUGGACUUCACCUUCAAGAGUAAAAUUCAGUAUGAAUGUGAUGAGGGAUAUAUACUAAAAGGAGCAACUUCACAUAUGUGUCAGUCCAAUGGACUUUGGGACAAACCCGUUCCACAAUGUGACAUUGUCAGUUGUGACCCUCCUCAAGACAUCAGCCAUGGCUUUGUCAACGGUUCCAGUUUCAACUACGAUGAUGUAGUGGAGUAUGUCUGCUUUGAAGGCUAUGAGGUGGUAGGAGAUCCAACACUACGCUGUUCUGCUCAGGGUGUGUGGUUGGGGGCUGUGCCUCAGUGCCAGCCAUGUCUCUGUCCUGCUCCUGUCCUAAAAUAUGGAGUGGUUCUGGGCCGUGAUCGCUCCUGUGGAGGUCUUGUACAUUUUCAGUGUGAUGAAGGCUAUAAGCUCUUGGGCCCCUCACAGGCCCUGUGUAAGACAGGAGGAGUGUGGAGCCCAGGGGUCCCUCUGUGCAGCCGGGGCAGGUGUAGUGUCGCUCCGCCAGCAAUUCCCAAUGCUGCCCUUCAGGGCAGAAGUGGCUCCUAUCCAGACACGGUUAUGUACAAGUGUCAUCCUGGUUACAAUUUGAAGGGCAGCUCACAGAUAUCAUGUGGAAGAGAUGGCAGAUGGGGCGAGCCCAGAAUGAGUUGUGAGCCAAUAAGCUGUGGAAAACCUCCAGACGUGGACCAUGCAUACUUUAUGGGAGACAAUUACACAUUUUUAAGCCAGAUCACCUAUAGCUGCAAAGAUGGAUAUGAGCUGAUGACACAGACAGCCUCUGUGACCUGCAUGAGUGAUGGCACCUGGUCAAAACACAGCGUUCGGUGUAGCCCGUCUCCUUGUCGUCUUCCUACUAAUGUUUCUCUCCCUAAUUUGAUCAUUAUUGGGAAACAACUCACUCCUGUUGGAGCCACAGCUUCUUUGACCUGCUCUACUGGUUUCUACCUGCAGGGACCAGCACAAACUGAGUGCCAGCUGGGUGGACAGUGGUCUCGAAGCAUUGACUCUGUUUCAUGUAAACCUGUGGUGUGUCCCAAACCUCCUCCACUUCUCCAUGGCGUCAUUCAGGGGGACAGCUUCAACUAUGGAGACUAUGUCACAUACUCUUGUUUUCCUGGAUUCCAUAUGAAGGGUGAUGCUAUUCAGAUCUGCAGAGGAGACAGAACAUGGAGUGGCACACAGCCAGUAUGUAUUGCACAUACCUGUGGACCUCCUCCCACAGUGACAAAUGCCAAUGUUCACAUAACCGGUGACACUUACCUUCACAAUGCUAGCUAUCAUUGCAUUGAAGGUCUGCAACUUGUAGGCUCAACAACUCUCACCUGCCUCCCUAAUGGUACUUGGAGCCUUCCCGUACCCUCAUGUGAAGCCAUCAAGGGCUGCAACAGUCCCAAACGGAUUCCUCAUGGCAAAGUGCAAGAGCACAGCUUGAACACAGGGCGUGCUGUGGAGUUUCAGUGUGAUAAAGGCUACAUUCUGGUGGGGGAGGCGCUGGUGGUGUGCAUGGGGGGCAACACAUGGAGCUCCAGUUUUCCCACCUGCCAGCCAAAGCCCUGUCAGGCACCUCCAGGUUGGAGAGAGGCUUUACCCAGCAAUGGUUCCAAGCAGGAGUUUUACGUGGGGCAGUCGGUGCGGGUCACUUGUCCUAAAGGUCAACAGGUCAAAGGCAGUGGCACUAUCACCUGUAGAUCUGACCAAAGCUGGAGCUCCAUCAGCUCUGUAUGUGAAAGGGUGUCGUGUGGUCCCCCUCUCCAUGUGGCCAAUGGGGUGGUGCGGGGGGCAGUCUUCCAGUUCGGGGAUGUGGCAGUGUAUUCCUGCUUUGGGGGCUACACCAUGGAGGGCCUAGGACGGAGCAGGUGUCUGGAGAAUGGCACCUGGACAGCCCCACCCACAUGCAGAGCGGUGUGUUGGUUGAAGUGCCAGAAUGGAGGCUUCUGUCAGAGACCAAACAUCUGCUCAUGUCCUGAGGGAUGGAUGGGCCGACUGUGUGAGGAGCCCAUUUGCAUCCUGCCAUGCCUAAAUGGAGGCCACUGUGUGGCACCCUACCAGUGCGAGUGUCCUGUGGGAUGGACCGGCACACGGUGUCACACUGCGGUAUGUUCAUCCCCAUGUUUGAAUGGAGGGAGGUGCAUCAGGCCAAACAGAUGUCACUGCAGUCCAGGGUGGAGUGGACACGACUGCUCCAGAAAAAGAAAAACAGGAUACUAUCACUUCUAAUGAAUCCUCUCUGCUCUGUGAAGUCUUUCUAUAGGACAAUGUGUGUAAUAUAAAAUAUGUUCAUUCACCUCACUGCAAAACUAAAGCAAGAACUGUUGUAAAAUAAAGCUGUAUUUUUUCAUACAAACCUAACAGUAUUAAACAUAUGCUGCUAUAUACUGUAUGAUGUGUAAAGUUAUGAUGUGCAAGUGUUUAUUGUACAUGUGUAAACUAUUUUCACAUUUUUAAUAAAGCAUAAUAUACACUUUA